AGAAAACAUACCCUGUGAGACGAUGGGAUUUCGAGCUCUGACUUUGAUGCUGGUGGCAUUUGUUUUCCAUACAGCUUGUGUUGAGCCGAGAGUUCGCCACUACAAUUUCAAGGUUGGGAAGAAGAAUAUAACCAGGCUAUGCGCAUCAAAGCUUAUACUAACUGUGAAUGGGAAGUUUCCGGGGCCUACUCUAUAUGCACGGGAAGAUGAUACUGUAAUAGUGAGGGUUGUCAAUCAUGUCAACGAAAAUGUCACUAUUCAUUGGCAUGGAGUCAGACAACUCCGGACGGGUUGGUCAGAUGGGCCAGCAUACAUCACGCAGUGCCCCAUCCAGACAGGGCAGAGCUUUGUUUACAACUUCACCUUGACAGGGCAAAGAGGCACGCUUCUGUGGCAUGCACAUAUAAACUGGCAGAGAGCCACCGUCCACGGUGCCAUUGUCAUCUUCCCCAAGCAUGGCACGCUUUAUCCGUUUCCCAAACCAGAUAAGGAGGAAAUACUAGUAUUAGGAGAAUGGUGGAAGUCGGACAUCCAAGCAGUGCUCAACCAGGGCUUGCAAUCCGGAAGGGCCCCGAAUGUAUCCGAUGCACAUACUAUAAAUGGACGUCCGGGACCAGCUCCAAAUUGCUCUUCCAACGGCUACACGCUGCACGUCGAGCAUGGAAAGACAUACUUGCUGCGCAUAGUCAAUGCUGCAGUCAACGAGGAGCUCUUCUUCAAAAUAGCAGGGCACCAGCUGACCAUAGUUGAGGUUGAUGCUUCCUACACCAAGCCUUUCAAAACGGACACCAUAUUCAUCGGUCCAGGCCAGACAACAAAUGCCCUUUUAGCAGCAGACCAGGAAACGGGCAAGUAUCUGAUUGCCAUCUCCCCCUUUAUGGACACUACAGUCGCCACAGACAAUCAGACAGCUACUGGACUCCUCCGCUACCUUGGAAUUCAAGCCUUCUCACCCACCGAAGUUACUGCAGUUCCCCCACGGAACGCAACACCAGCGACAACCAGAUUCAUGGACUCCCUGAGAAGCCUUAACUCCCGGCAAUACCCUGCCAACGUCCCGAAAAGCAUCGAUCACUCGCUGAUGUUUGCCAUGGGCAUCGGUGUGAACCCCUGCCCGACAUGCCUGAAUGGGAGCCAGGUCGUGGCUGAUUUCAACAAUGUCACCUUUGUCCUGCCCACAACAGCUGCCAUCCUCCAAGCAUAUUACUACAACAUAAGCGGAGUUUACACCGAGGAUUUCCCUGCGAAUCCUCCCAACCCUUACAACUACACAGGCACACCACCAGCAAACAUGCAAACAAUCAACGGCACAAAAGUGUACAGGUUAGGAUUCAACUCAACGGUUCAAGUUGUCCUGCAGGGCACAACCAUGAUAGCACCGGAAAGCCAUCCUAUCCACUUGCACGGCUUCAACUUUUACGCCGUUGGAAGAGGAGUAGGCAAUUUUGAUCCCCAGAAGGAUCCAGAGAGUUUCAACCUUGUUGAUCCUGUUGAGAGGAACACAGUCAGUGUGCCAACCGCCGGCUGGACUGCAAUAAGAUUCAGAGCUGAUAAUCCAGGAAUUUGGUUUCUACACUGCCAUUUGGAGGUGCAUACGACUUGGGGGCUGAAGAUGGCUUUCUUGGUGGAGAACGGAGAUGGCCCCAGUGAAUCAAUUCUACCUCCUCCCGACGAUCUUCCAAGCUGCUGAACCUGAAGUAAGCUAAGGAUAGGAAUGAUUUGCAGAAGCCAAGUUCCAUUUCCUGGCAGGUUUUGUACGCUACCCUACACCGCACCUCCGUACUGUGUUCACGUAACCGCCAACCCAUCGCCAUUGUUAUUCAAUUUUAUGUAUAUUUCGUAGAGAGUGAAUGAUGACAAAUAAACAAAACAAAACAUUUUACAGUCGCAGUAACCAAUCUUUAUAGUUUAGUUUGUACUCACAACUACAAAUUGAAGUCUGCACGUUCAUUCAAUUAUAAUUAUAAUUGUUGAAAUAAGAAAACUCCAAUCUAUUUUAGUAUAUGGUUUUUCAUGUUUUC